AUGCUGACUGUUCGGGAAUGGCGGCAUAUUCGUAUGGCGAAGCGAGCUGGGCGCGGAAAUGACCCAGGUCAUGUCCUCACCCCGAUAUCAAUCUACCACCAGGAUGGGAAAAAGCGCCACCCAAUACUCGGUACAACAGCUACUACCGCGGAUGAAACAAUGUGCUUUGCUGACUUCUCUAUUAGGUGGUUAUAUGGUCUUCUCCUUCAAGAAGACACCAACUUCAAACAGAAGAAUCGACUUCGUUCAACGGACGGCCGUGAUCCUGCCCUUGGUCCAGGCUGGGCCACUUUCGUUGCAGAGGAGCCGUACUUCAACCAUCUAACCAACUAUGUUGACCAGGAGGAAAUCAAUCAUUGCGUAGGGUUUGCUGCCCUGUGGUCAGCGAACACUCGGCGCUCUAAGGGGCUCCGUGCGACUGGGGUCAGGUCGGUAAGUUGUGCACGGAGUGAUAUGUUUCGACCCAAUGGCGUUGGCGAUCUGCAAAAGGGCGAACGAUACGCUAACAUGGACUAUAUAUUUCUGUCGAGCAUCGCUGCCGGUUCACUCCUUCUAAUCACGAUUACAUACGACAUUGCUUGCCAAUGGUUCCGCAACUUCUUUUCCCGCAUGCAACAGCUUCCUGCACAUCUACGGUUGUCCACGGGCAUUGAUCUUCGAUUUCGUAUCCCGAAAUUCCAUCUCGAGGCCCACAAGGAGACCUGCCAUGCUCCAUUUUCCCUCAAUUAUACUAAAUGGGUAGGCUGUACCGAUGGUGAAGGUGUCGAGCACAUGUGGUCAUGGCUGAAUAAGGUUGCGCAUUCUGCUUCCAUGAUGGGACCGGGAGGACGACAAGAUACGCUCGACGAUUUCUGUAACUUUUGGAACUGGCGAAAGACAGUCAACCUCAAGAGCGCUUUACUGGAGAAAAUGACACUUGCUAUCCCACAGGCCUUAGUUCACCAUCAAGCGUUCACCGCAUUCACCAGUGGCUUGCGUGAGCACCAUUCAGCGGACUUGCUGGAAUGGGAGAAACAGGUACAGGCUUGGGAGUUAGACCAAGCAAACCCAUGCCCAUUUGAUCUCCCGCGAGAAGAUAUACGGAUGUCAGAUGUCAAGAAGGCGAUGGCGGAAGAAGAGCACCGCGCCGUUGAACGAGGCAGAUCAGCGGCUGGUGACAUGAGUCCCAGCGCCUUUCUCAUUUCCGGGCUGGACAUUGAAGAAGCUCAAGAUCUUACAACGGUUGAGGCAACACAGCUUCAAACCAGCCGUACAAGUCUACUGAAGCGUAUUGCGAAGUUCCGAAAUGCCCAAACCUCGUACAUGCCAGGCCUAUCUGAUUAUCUCAAACAGACGUCCAACGAGGAGGAUACCACCACCCCAGAAUCGAUGCCACUCUUUCUACCCUCUUUUUUUGCUGAAGAUCAACGUGCAACGAUUUGCGAGCCGAAUCUAUGUGACUUGGAAGACCGACUACGAUUCGCACAGGCCUCGGAGGCUCUCUCUAAACUACGCCACCAGUUGCGAACUCGAUCAUUCGCUCACAGCUACAAAACACGAAAUAUCAAUUCUCAGGGUGCCUAUACACGUAGCCGCCUUCUCCAAAACCAGAUCGAAGUGCGGAUCAAAGCCAUCCGCAUCAUUUACAAUAUUGCGCGGGAAGCUUUGCUGUCGCUGCGUGGCCCUGGCGACUGGGAAAAUGUCCUUCAGCCACUCCGACCUGAAGACAUACGUGGGAUCAGUGAACGAACCUUGACUGCCGAAGAACAGGAAGAAUAUCGGCAGACUCGAGCACUGGCUGGGAUGUCAUCGGAGGCGAUACAAAACGAACUGAAUGGUCUAGGUCUCACGAGCGGGCAAGAAAACAUACCAACAGUUGCAUUCAACCGCAGUCUCGCGCUUGGUGAAGGACGACGAACGUUAUCGUGGAUUUGGUACACAGUGACUGACGAAGAACUCCUGGGCGCUGGUGAAGUACAUGCUUGUCUUCGUGUCGAGUGGGUGAAGGCCCGAGCGCAUGCCGAAAGAUGGCGAGAAGAAGUUCUUUUACUUGAAGAGGAAAUGUGUCGUGCGAUUGCAUAUUGCCGGUGGAGGGCUAGCUAUUGGCGAAACGCGGAGACGCCAAAGGAAAGUUGGACAACGGAAGAGGAAUUGGUGCUGUACGAGGGAGUUCGAGCGUACGCGCGUCGCCAGGCCGAUUACGAGUGUCGUCGAGCAUUGCAGUGGGAGGACGCGUGGCGUUCAAUUCGUGAACGUGCAGAAUUCGUCCUGACCUCACAGCUCAGUCAAACCGGCCCCAACAUCCUCGCAGCGCCUGCUUUGGUGGUGGAGUUAGACUUGGACUAUGAUGAUAGCAUGGAAAUGGAGGAGAUUGAUGAGCCGUAG